AUGCAGUUCGGACGAAUCACUCACUACGCAUUCGAUGCGGUUCUCGUCUCGGCCUUCCUGGCUGGCGUCAAGCGCUCAACCGGUCUUACCCCUAGUCUGAACUCCGACAGCAUCACCGAUAACAAGGACUUUAAGAAAUGGAUCGACAACUACCUCGGUGUUGGCGAGUGGGUGAUGGACCAGUCGGUCGCUGUCUUGGGUUCCACGAGCUGGUUUGAGCGCCGUCGAUAA